AAAGAAGAAACUAAUAACCUCUUCGAAUCCAUUGAUACGCAUUCGAGCCCUAGAUUUCAAUCUAGGGUUUCUUUGCACGCUAAUUCCAUCUUCAAAUUCUGCCUUCAUUCGAUUCAGGGGGGAAUUAAAUUGUUUCUAUUUUUUUUCGAAUUUACCACAAAUUAGAAAUCGAUAAAGAAAAUGGUGAGGGUGUUGAGAAGCUGCAUUCAAUCGAUUUUGAAGCUGGUGAACUCGGUGAUUGGGAUGGCGGGGCUUGCCAUGAUUCUGUACUCUGCAUGGAUGAUUAGGGUUUGGCAGAGGAAGAUGGGCGAACUUCCCUUUGGUCACGAUUCUGAUUACCCACCUCCGUGGUUCAUUUACAUGUUUCUUGGCCUUGGAGUUGCUUUCUGUGUAAUCACUUGUUUAGGUCAUGUUGCUGCAGAAACUGCUAAUGGCUGUUGCCUAUAUUUGUAUAUGGUAUUUGUGGUUUUGCUUAUCAUGCUGGAAGCUGCAGUAACUGUUGAUGUAUUUGUAAACCAGGACUGGGAGAAGGACUUCCCAAAAGACCCCUCCGGGAGUUUUGAUCAGUUCAAGAAUUUUAUCAGGUCAAAUUAUGAGAUGUGCAAAUGGGUAGGCCUGUCACUUGUUUCUGUACAGGGACUCUCUUUAUUAUUGGCAAUGAUACUCAAAGCACUAGGGCCACAUCAAUAUUAUGACAGUGAUGAUGAAUAUGCUCCUGACAGGGUGCCACUCUUGAGAAAUGCUCCGCCUCAUUAUGUUGUUGUUGAUCCAGGAUAUGUGCAUGGAAUUGAUGCAUGGAGGAGACAAGACAAAUAGGUAAGGCCAUUUUGCUUUGAAUUGAACCUUGAUGCUUGGAGCCAUGGAAGGUGGGCGUGGCAAUCAUUUUCGAUGCCAGUUGACUUAGAAGGGGACCUGUAUGCUGGAGAUGGAUUAGCUAUUGGAUUAAUGGCUAUGAGAGAAACAAGUUCUUAUCGUGACCCUUGCAUCUGUUACACCAAUUUCAUACAGUUAUGAGCAAACGUAUACGUUGUAUCAUAUAUUUUUAUAUUUCUUUUUUGGGUGAAUGUACGAACGUAUGUAUCAUAUUGAUUCAUGUCUGUAUAUCAUAAAUAAAAUGCAGAAUCUCUUGAUGAAUGAUCCCCCUGUAUCUUCUGUUAAAAGUAUCACAGAAGUUGGAUCAAUAGAUAGAUAAGAACAAAUUUUCCUUUGUUUAUCCUGAUUACUGAUCAUUCAUCCAGUUGAUACAAAAUGGAAUUUUGGUGCCCGGUGCAUUUACACAAAAA